UUGUACAAAUUAAACAGGAAACGACCGCGGUGUCCCCGUGCUGUUACUUUCACCGUAAGUAGAAAUCUAGUAACUUUACCAGAAUAAACAUGUUUUAAGAGCCGCGCAAUGGAUGAGCUGAGGCUGGCUCUGUGCGCGCUCGGUGCUGCUCUGUUGUUGGAGGGAGAACAGAGAAGAGGACAUUCACCCAUCCGAGACGGGGACAGUGCCCCGAGUCCAGGUAGCCCAAGCAGGGAUACCCCGAGCCCAAUAAGACGACAUGCCCGCAGCGCAAAUGGUUCACGCCUCGUCAGAAAGCCCCGGUCUCUAUUCUCCAAACGCGCCUCCUCCGCGCAGAGGCGAAAGGUCCCAAAUCCCCGUCCCCGUAAAACCGACAUCAAGAGAAAACGACGACAGUGGGUUCGGUCCUGGAACCAGCAGAGGCCCACGUAUGGUGAACAUUACCCGGCUCUGGGCAGCGGGGACGAGGCGGGACAGCCCCCGGAUUUCAAGCACUUUUCUCGCAUGUUCCCUGAGCAGUUUGAGGCUUUGGUGGAGAAGGUAGCGCCCAUUAUUCACAGAAGAAACACGAGCUUUCGAGCGAGUAUUUCUGUGGAAGAAAGACUCAUUGUGACGCUGCAUUACCUCGCGACAGGUGAAGGCUUUAAAAGUCUGUCACUUCUUCCACAUGGGAAACACCACGGUUCGUUUGUUCGUACCUGAAACUCUUCGAGCCAUUUACCAAGUGUUGAAGGACAAAUAUUUCAAAUGCCCAGUGACAGCAGAGGAGUGGAAGGUCGUGGCCAAAGGCUUCCAGUCUCAGUGGGAUUUUCCAAACUGUGUUGGUGCUUUAGACGGGAGACUCUUAAAUAUCUCCCCUCCACCUGAAAACACAGGGUCCACUCCCACCAAAGAGGUGUCUGUGGCUCUGAUGGCUCUGGUAGACAGUAAUCACGUGUUUCAGUACAUGGAUGUAGCGUGUAAUGGGCGGAUUUCUAACAGUGCUGAGUUUAAUGGAUGCUUUCUUGGGGACGCACUGGAAAAAAGACUGGCCCACCUCCCUUAUCCUACAGUGCUCCCAGGUUCAAACCGCCUGUGUCCUCACUUUGUUGUAGCAGAUAAGGCAUUUCCAUUGAAAGAAUACCUUAUGAAACCAUAUCUCCGCCAUCUGUCCUCUGAACAACAAAUAUUCAACUACAGACUGUCCCGCGCAUCUGGAGUCGCCAGUGAUGCCUUCAAUGUUUUGGCUGACCGCUUUCGUAUUUUGCAAAACACUUUUAACUUGAACGGUCACGGCGUUAAGAUUGAAGAUAUUGUCAUGGCGUGCUGUGCUCUACAUAAUUUUCUGUCUAUUGAAGCAAAAGAAAAAUAUCUGGGAGACAUUUUGGACCAGAAAGGAAAAAAUAAUAAUAGUAAUUUGUUUCAAGCUGCGUUACCCCAAAACACCAAUGUACUAAUCAAAACCAAAGAGACAAGAGAUGGGCUGUGUAAGUAUUUUAUGUCCCAGGCCGGUGCAGUGCCCUCCCAGUAUGACGUAUUGAACUAAACAGCGGCUCUACUCUUUGCUCCUCCCUUGUGACCUAGCACCUCACCCAAUCUCUAAGGGAGCCCCCAGCCACCCUGCAGAGGAAACCCAUUUGGACCACUUGUAUCCACGAUCUCGCCCUUUUGGUCAUUGCCCAGAGCUCAUGACCAUAAAUGACCUAUGGUCAUGAUAUUGAACUAUUGUUGAACAGAUUGUUUUAAAUUGUGUGUUGUUAAUCUUUGUGAAUAAAAUCAAGUUUUAAAAUGUGA